CUUUAAGUCCCUGAUGAUUUACUUUUGUCGUAAUUCCUCGACCCUAAUGAACAUUCUUGCCGUGACGAACAGAUCACAUUUUUACGGAUCGAUGGCAUGCAGUCAUUUUAUGUAUUGAUUUCUUUCGGAAGAUUCACAACGGUCCAGCUUAAUUCUCAAUGUUUCUUUUUUAUUCGUGGUCCUUUUCAGCUUUAAUUUCCAGCCGGAGAGCCAGGAGCUAGACAUGGGCAUUCAAUCAAUCCUGCUGAGGGAAUCGAGCUUCAUCACAACACUUCCGCAGACUGAGGACGAAUCUUCAGAAUGCCACAACACAUCAAUGAUCCAUUCAUCUUCAUCCUGGAAGCCUUUUAAAUGCAUAUCUCCAGCGUUGGAGCUUCGUGAUUCCCACCAGUUAUCCGACACAAUGUCCUGUUUAGAGGAGAUGGAAGUACCACGCGACAUGUUCGAGGAACCCAACGACAGUUUGAACAAGAAUGACGUUCCCAUUUCACCUCCAGACAACUGCUCCAGGGAUUCUAGUCUGCGUCACAAACAACUCCACACUGACAACAACAACCUCCAGCCGAGGGACGAAAGGCCUUUCCGGUGUGCCAUCUGUCCCAAGGCGUUCCGACUUUCCUCCACACUGUCCGCGCACAAGAAGCUGCACGACCAAAGAGGACCCAGUCUACGGUGUGAGACGUGUGGACGAGCCUUCACGCAACCCAGCGCUCUCUCCAGCCAUCGACUGUUGCAUCGAUCGGAUCGGCCACACAGCUGCAGCCUCUGUGGCAAGCAGUUCGUUCGGCUGCAUGCCCUCAAGACACACGUGCUUAGUCACGCGAACGAACGACCCUACGAGUGUGACCAGUGUGGAAAAGCUUUUACCGAAAAGCACGUGCUCGUACGCCAUCGCAAGACGCACAGUAACGAGCGACCCCAUGAAUGUGCCGUUUGCUCGAAGGCCUUCAAGGAGCGGUAUGACCUGCUGCGCCACACGCUCAUUCACAGUGGACUGCGGCCGCACAAGUGUCCCGAUUGCUCCAAAACCUUCGUCCAAUCCAAUGCACUGGUUAAACAUCGAAAGUGUCACGAACGGGAACGCACCGUUGGCCAUCAUCAGUUGAACGCAGCUUCCUUUGCUUUAACUAUGGUCGAAACUACUAUAUUACAAGCAAAACUUAACAAUCUAAGUGCUAAAGAAACCAUCGAGUUCCUGGUCCCCAAAAUUCUAGAUUGGAUUCGUAACAAUUCCGUUCGUGAACAAUUGAACUUGCGCAACGAUUUAAAGGACAAUACCAAAGCAGCUCAGCUACGGUCCGAAGGAAAUAAAAUGUUUCACCCGAACGUGAAACGCUACAUCGAGGCCAUCAAGCUGUACAAUGAGAGCAUCGCCUUUUCCGAAAAAGGAUCGACAGAUAGGGCAUUGGCCUAUGCAAAUCGCUCAAACAUUUGUCUGAAGAUGCAACGCUAUGAAGACUGUCUGAAGAACAUUCGGCUUGCUCGUGAGUCAAACUAUUCUGGAGAAAAGUUGAAUCAACGCGAAAAAGAUGCCAAAAAUGCUUUGGCAAAGGCUCGGAACAAGAAUGCUUCAUCGAGCAAGUUUUCUCCGGAUGUGGUGGAAGAGCCCGAGCUAAGCUAUCCGGCCAAGGAGAAUGCGCCGCAAGUUGCCAACUGUCUGGAACUGCGCAAAAACGAAGAAUAUGGACGGCAUGUGGUGACCACUCGUAAGCUGAAGGUAGGCGAUGUCGUGAUGAUCGAAAGGCCGUUCGUUACCGUGCUGAAGGAUUCGUUCCGAUAUGUUCGAUGUGAUUUUUGCCAUGGCGAACGACCAUUCACAUUGAUUCCAUGCGAAGGAUGUACCGCGGCCAUGUACUGUUCGGAGGAAUGUCUGAGUAAAGCGUACAACAACUAUCAUCGAUAUGAUUGCGGGCUUUUACGAGACUUGUAUGAAGAUUUCGAAGAAGUUUCCUUGAUUGAUAUUCGCAUGAUAGCCAUUGCGAUCACAACCUUCGAUAAUAACCCAGAGGCAUUGAAGGAUCAUCUCGAUGCACUGGAUGAAUCCAAUGUUAACGGGUUUACGAUGGAUUGGAAUAAAGCAACGCAACAAGACAUUUUCAACACGGUGCACGUGUUAACCACUAAUCAAGAACGGCGACACAGCAUGUUUGUUGCAAUGUUCAUCUUCAAUGCUACCAUCCUACAUACCCUUGUUCUGGAAAGAACAGAGCUGGGACCGGUGUGCGAAGCAAACCCUGCAACAAACAAGUUUUUACUAGAUUUGAUCCUGCGAUAUAUGCAAAUCGUGAAUUGUAACAGAAAAUUGUUGUCCUUUAAUGCGUACAAGGUGAAGGAAUACGUGGCUGAAUCAUUUGCAGUGGGUUGCUACCCAUUGAUUAGCAUGCUGAAUCAUUCCUGUGCUCCCAACGUGAAACGCAUCACUUUGCGCGAUGGGCGGUGUGCCGUUUUUGUCAUCCGUCCAGUUCUUGAAGGAAGUCAACUGUUCGAUAGCUAUGAUUUUAAUUUCCACCCGGAGAACCAGGAGCUAGACAUUGGCAUUCAAUCAAUCCUGCUGAGGGAAUCGAGCUUCAUUACAACACUUCCGCAGACUGAGGACGAAUCUUCAGAAUGCCACAACACACCAAUGAUCCAUUCAUCUUCAUCUUGGAAGCCUUUUAAAUGCAUAUCUCCAGCGUCGGAGCUUCGUGAUUCCCACCAGUUGUCCGACACAAUGUCCUGUUUAGAGGAGAUGGAAGUACCACGGGACAUGUUCGAGGAACCCAACGACAGUUUGAACAAGAAUGACGUUCCCAUUUCACCUCCAGACAACUGCUCCAGGGAUUCUAGUCUGCGUCACAAACAACUCCACACUGACAACAACCUCCAGCCGGGGGACGAAAGGCCUUUCCGGUGUGCCAUCUGUCCCAAGGCGUUCCGGCUUUCCUCCACACUGUCCGCACACAAGAAGCUGCACGACCAAAGAGGACCCAGUCUACGGUGUGAGACGUGUGGACGAGCCUUCACGCAACCCAGCGCUCUCUCCAGCCAUCGACUGCUGCAUCGGUCGGAUCGGCCACAUAGCUGCAGCCUCUGUGGAAAGCAGUUCGUUCGGCUGCAUGCCCUCAAGACACACGUGCUUAGUCACGCGAACGAACGACCCUACGAGUGUGACCAGUGUGGAAAAGCUUUUACCGAAAAGCACGUGCUCGUACGUCAUCGCAAGACGCACAGUAACGAGCGGCCCCAUGAGUGUGCCGUUUGCUCGAAGGCCUUCAAGGAGCGGUAUGACCUGCUGCGCCACACGCUCAUUCACAGUGGACUGCGGCCGCACAAGUGUCCCGAUUGCUCCAAAACCUUCGUCCAAUCCAAUGCACUGGUUAAGCAUCGAAAGUGUCACGAACGGGAACGCACCGUUGGCCGUCAUCAGUUGAACGCAGCUUCCUUUGCUGUAACUAGGGCCGAAACUACGUGUUGCUAAGUGGAACAGUGACGGUGCGACGGAGCAACAAGUGUUAAUGUUGAUUUGCAGAGUGUAAAUAGAAACGUGUUUGAGAAAAUGUUAUUGUGAGUGUCUUUGGAACAGCAUUCAGAGGAAGUGUGCA